UACAACAGGACGAGGAGGAGAGGAAAAAAAGAGGAAGAUCUUUUGCAGAGUUCUCCAUUAAAUCUCCGACCGAGGAACUUUAACCUCCUGCUGCAGAUUUCCUCUUCAUCCUCCUGUCUUUUUUUUUUUUUGCACCCUGCUGCAAGUGUCUCACAUCCCUCGCUUCUUCUCCUGCGUGAAGAUAAUUCCACAUCCCUCUCCUGCAACUGAGGACAUUUUCAGAAGAUAUUCUCCGAACGCCAGAAGGAUCUAAAUCAGACGCAUCUGUUGCAGCCUGAAUGUCUCCACAACUUGGACAGAGAGUGUGGAGCCCUUCGAUGCGACGCGUUUAAAAAAGGACUGUUCAGUUUUUCUUUUCUUUUUUUCUUUGACCUGAGGAGGACGCACUGGGAUCGGGGCGCUCCUGGAAGAUCUCCGGGAAGAGGAGGAGAAGGAGGAGGAAGAGGAGGAGGAGGAGGAGGGUGCGUCACGCUGCGAGAGAGCAUCCUCCCAGCCUGCUCCGUCCUGACGCUCACACACCCUCAGCAGCACAUUGCUCCUGUGAUCUGGUUCAAUAUCCAGUAUUUCAGCAGAAUAAACGCAGUUUCACAAAGUAGGAUCUAAAAUCCAGAUUGCAAAAGUCACAAAAGUACAACAAGACGAAUUAAUCAGACGUGUUAUAAGUCGUUAAGAGGAUAUUGUAGGUAUAUUAUAGGAAUAUUAUAUACACACACACACACACACACACACACCAAGGACAUCCCGACAAGCCGCUGCAGCAUGGAUCUCCCUCCAGUCAGAGGUUUAUCUGAUGUGCCGUGAGUGUUGGGAGCAUCGUGCCCCAGCCCCGGCCUGCAGCACUGGUGCCACCCGGCCCGGCUCAGGCUCACCAGGAUGGACCCUGCUCAUUCCUUCAGGAUGGAGCUGGACGGGCUCGACCUCCAGCAGGUGCCGGUGCUGUCGCUCGACCAGAUACGCGCCAUCCGGGCCAACAAUGACUAUGUGGAGAGGCCCGUGGCGCUGGAACCGGCAUCCCAGACCGGAUUUUUUUAUGCCCAUGAUGACCGUUACCCUCAUGGAGUAUACACGCACCACCCCCAGCACUCCUUCCACUCUGCCCUGCCCCGCAGCCAAAGUCAGCAGCAGCAUGCUCACCUGUCCCACCUGAGUCGCUCCAGUACCAUAAGCUCUUCCAUUUCUCGGACCAGUGCCACGUCGGACCAGCGGCUACUGGCAGGUUUGACACCUUCUCACUCUGGGUUAGGUUCAGUGGUCCGUUCUCAACCUAAAGGAGAACUCAAACCUGAUGCUUCCUUUGGUAAAGGCCUAACGGAGGACGAGGCCGAGCUCGGCCUUCAUCAGUUCAUCUGCGAGCGGUGUGGUCGCUGCAAGUGCCAAGAGUGCUGCGCCCCCCGCCGCCUGCCUUCCUGUUGGGCCUGUGGUCAGCGCUGUCUGUGCUCUGCUGAGAGUGCCGUGGAGUACGGCACCUGCUUAUGUUGCGUUAAAGGCUUGUUCUAUCACUGCUCCGCCCAGGAUGAUGAGGAUAACUGUGCUGACCGCCCCUGCUCCUGUACUCCAGCCCAUGCCUGUGCCCGCUGGGGCACAAUGGGGCUGAUGGCGCUCUGCCUUCCCUGCCUCUGCUGCUAUCCCCCCGCCAGGCUGUGCCUUGCCAUGUGCCAGUGUGCCCACGACCGGUCCACCCGCCCCGGCUGCAGGUGCAGCAACACCAACACUGUGUGCCGCAAGAUUUCUGCCUCUAACCCCAACUCUGGUCACCCCUCGCUCCGCAGCAAAGCACUGGAGAAGCCGUUAUGACAGGCUCGGAUGGGGACCAGGUAAAUCCACUUCUCCUCAGCCGUGGCCAAAGCAACGCUGUCGCCAAUCAACAGUGCCACAGCUGACAUUGUGACGACAAUGCCAUUGUGACCUACCUACCUAGAUAUGACAAGCCAACUAACCAAUCAACCGUGAAGUGUUGUUCACCUAAUGUACCUUGAAUUUACUUAUUCUCCACCUCAGGAGGGACCAAAGCUUUACUGUGCCUGUUCAUAAUGGAGACUUCAAGCCUAAAAAGAAAAACUCACCCUGAAGGAGGAAGCUGUCGUGCUUUGCUGCACUGCCCGUCGACCUGAACCAGGGCUUCAAGACAGAAAUCACCCCUCUCUGCAUUCUGUGGUGUAAUCCCAACGUCUUCUAUUUAUUUAUUGUUGCACCUCUGUCCUUCUCACCCUUUGCAAGACGGCACACAGAGACAGGUGAGGCAACAAGUCAGGAUGAAGACCUGCUGGUGGUGGUGUGCAUGGUCUGUGCCGACAGUUUCUGUCCUCUUGAAUGGGAACAAGCGUUAGAGACGGAGACACUGACAUUCAGAUGACUCCACCAGGGCUGAAGUCCGGUGAAUGGAGACACCAACGUGGAGCUGCAGAGAAUAUCUGACUGGGACUCUGAGCAAAGCACCGAGGUGUGAAGUGGGAACAAUGACACUUGCAACAACAGUCAGAACCAAAAAGGGACCGUGCACUGUACAGACUGUGUGAACUUCAAUGCUAUUAAGCUGAUUUGUAAAGGAAACGCACUGUGAGGUAGAUGGACAUGUUCUCCUCAAAAGCCAAGAGCUGAAUGGGGAUUAUUUAACCGGAGGGAGGGUGCAUCCAUUGUGACGAGGCAGCGUGUGUGUGUGUGUGUGUGUGUGUGUGUGUGUCCUCCUCCUGUACAACAAGCUGUGUGUUGUAGAGCCUGUGUGUAUGUUGUGUUGUCAGCAGAAGAAGCCUCCCUGGUCUUAUUUUUAGCAGUGCCGCUUCAGUGGAGCUCUCUGGGUCUGGUUGGGUUUCCUCCUGAAGUCAGUCUGUCGCCAGCCUCCCUCCUCUGACCGACCUCCUUCGCCACCCCCACCUCCGCAUCCCUCUCUCCUCCUCUUCCUCCAGCCCACCUAAUCUUCUCCCUCGCUGUCCUCCCAUUGUCAAAUCAAACUUUCUCCCCGUCUCACUCUCGUUCAGGGCCAUUAGCAUCUUCGUCGAGACUCAAUGUGGAAAAAAAAAAACAGUUUUAGUUUCUCGAUUCACGUUAACACCAACUGAGCCUUUUAGAUACACCGACCAUCAUGGAUGCACAGUGCACCAACGUUUUCAGGGUUAAUAUCUCAAGUACAAUUACACUCGGGAAAUAAGAUUCUACUUAAAUACAUUAAACAGAGAAGGUAACCCGAUGUUUUGGGGAGCUGAGAUUUCGAGUUAAGCCGACUGACUCGAGGCGUAUUAUUCCCACACAUCCAAUUUAUCCCCUCCUGCUUCGUUCCCUCUCUCCUCUUUCGCUCAGAGGGCUAAAAGCCUCCAGUUCCUGGUCCGCAGAGAGUUGAUCAAACAGGCAAUUAGCUCCAUGAUAGCUCUUAAUGGGCCGCAGAAGAAUGGAGCAUGUGGGAGGGAGGGAAGAAGAGAGGACAGGAUGGAGUGGGGCUGUGGUGUUUGGCAGAUGGGGAAAGAGGGAUGCUGGGAGGAAGAGAGACGAGAGAGGAGUCGGAUGAAAGGAAAGAGAUGGUGUGGACGCGGCUGUGAAGUCUGACGGAGAGCGAGUUUGACAAAAUGAGUGUGAGAUGACCAUCGACUGAACGUGUUCAGAACUUCAGGUUGAACAGAAAAACUAGUGCAACAGAAGAACUCUGCCACGCACACACACGCACACACACACACACACACACACACACACAGCGUCAGGCGGGUGCAUGUGUGUGUGUGGAUUCGGAUGAUUUGGAUGCAUGAGGGCUUUUCUGUGUGAGUGCAUGUGUGACAGGAUGAGUCACGCAAGCACGGACACGGACACACACUGACCUGAUUUCUUAAAAGUUACUUUGCUAUAUUUUUAUAUGUAAAUAUGGGCUUUAACUGCAUAACUAUUUUUAUUCUGCUUUAUUUUGUUCCCAUGAGAUUGAUAUUAUUACGGCUGUUUUCCAUUAUCGUGAAUAUUUACUUAUUUACUGUCGACUCGUGACCAAUUCAGGAACUUUUGGGGCAACUCAGAAAACUUCGAACAAGGAAUAAGCCAUCACCAUGUCCCUGAUUGUGCAGUGUCCGUGUCAUCACUUGGUUUAAACACUAAAUAUACGUUUAGCAUCAGGAACCAAAUCCUCUGAAGCUGCUGAGACAUCCAUCAGUUCAAUUCUCCAUCGGGCUUAAAAGAACAAAAUCUGGAUUUGUCCAACAACUCUCAGGUGUGUAACAUACGUGCAGCUGAGGUCAACAUUACGUUCGGCACGAAGUUGGAUUUCUACGUUUGCUGCAUCGGACAGUUUGAUAAAACUUGAGCCGUUUGAUACAGCUUCAUUGAAACGCGUCUCAGUUUCUCCCCACGGUACAAAAAUGAAGCCAUCUUGUGCUUUAACGUCGUUUGGAUUCAGGGUCUGUGCAGCAGUGGUCGCGGAGCGUAGCCACGGAAUCAACGUCAGUCUCAGCUGUCAAUCAUAACAUGUCAACCCAUUAAAACGUAUCCUAGAAAUGGAAAUCAGUGAGACAAGGACUUCCUACAACGACUGACGCCAUCUUUGGUCCAUGUCCAGGAUGCUAACAUGGAGGGGGCGGGUUUAAGACCCAUACAGACAUCUGGGGGCUGUGUAGAUUUUGUUUUUAUAUAAAAUCAUCGGUCUGAACGCUGGGACCAUGUUGACAGAAGUCUUUUACCCAUUUUCAGCCCUGCAAAGCUCCGCAGCUCGUCCCUGAAGUCCGUGAUUCAUUUCUCUCAUUAUAAACUUUUAUUUGCCAAAUGGAUGAGGAUGGAUUAUUACUUUGUGCUGCUGCUCUUUGUUUCCACGAUGUGUAAAUGUUGCCCCAAAUGUUUCUCAUCACUGGUUUCACUUCGAGACGGGUUGACGACAAUGGAGGACACGCUCAACUUUUAUUUUUUAUUUUAAUGUUGCAACUUUAUCCACUCUUAGUUUCACCUGCGACUUUAUAAUGAUCAUUACUAACAGAAGUUCUGGCAAAUCAAAAAAAAUCAUAAUCUGUGUAGUUGAGAAUUAUUCAUGCUCACCACCCGGCCUGUCCUCGGUGACGCAGACGAACGUGAAAACUUUCUCUCAGCUUUUCAUCCACACGUCAAAAAAAAUCUUCAGACACCACGACCACGUGUUUUUGCAGACGGAGAAACGGAGCUUUUAAAAAGAAAAAGACGCUAGUGUACGCCUGUCGUGGGAGCCAUUUAUCAUAAAUCGCUGGCACAUUCUAUACUGCAUGCACGCUCUGUGAAUGACUAACAAAGCUUCAAACACAGCAGAAAACCACGGCGGCCGUCUGCAGAACAAAAGAUCGUCAUCUGCACAUAACUGUCAUUCUGUGGUGUUUAAAGACGACGGCGUGGAGAGAAACGUUUUUGUGUUUCGCCUCAUUACUGUGGGCGUGGCCUCUGAUUGGUUCGAGGCGUCUCCUCCACGUUGAUUGGAUGACUUCAGUCGGCUCUUGGUGCUUGUGGAGACAACAUGAGGAACAUUAUUGAACCGGGAUCGUCCGUGUUUCAGACGAAAGUGUUGCACAUUUUUUAAACUGGUUUAUCUGUUCUCAGAGUGACUUUAAAGAAAUAUUUACAGUCGCAGCUUGAUCGUAACCACUUUAGUAUGCAAUGUUUUUUACGUACUACAGACACACAGAGUGACUCAUGCAGUGCAUUGUGGGUUACAUGUUAAACAACCUUCCAUUGAUUCCCAUGUUCAACUAAUCUUUUAAAAAAAUGUUUUUUCAGUUUCCGUUCAACCAUCUUAAAUUGUUUUAAUAUCUUAUAUUCUCAUAAUUUGUUUUAUUUAAUAUUAACAAAUGAAGCACAAGCAAAUGUG